GCCGCGGCGGCGACAGCUACCGCUGGAGCGGCUGCAGAGGAGGAAGAAGGGGAGCUGGGCAAGGCCGGAGUCCCUGGCGGGAACCCUCGGAAUGGGUUCGCGGACCUAGACCUGUGAAAGCUACCGGCCUGGUGCAGAGCUGGCCCCUGUUCCUUCCUGUGGCUCCCAUGGCUGAGGAGUGGCUGGACUGCCCAGCCCUGGGCCCCGGCUGGAAGCGUCGUGAGGUUUUUCGAAAGUCAGGCGCCACCUGCGGACGCUCAGACACCUAUUACCAGAGCCCCACAGGAGACAGGAUCCGAAGCAAAGUUGAGCUGAUCCGAUACCUGGGCCCUUCGUGCGACCUCACCCUCUUCGACUUCAAACAAGGCAUCCUGUGCUAUCCAGCCCCCAAGGCCCAAAACUUGGCUCUCCCCGGAAGGAAGCGGAAGAAGCCUUCGAAGCCAGUUAAAGCUCGAAAAUGUCAGGUUGGACCCAAGAGGGUUGAGGUUAGAAAGGAGGCCCCAGGGGCUAAAACCAAGGCUGAUGCUGACACAGCCCCAGCUUCGCUCCCUGCACCUGGGCACUGUGAGAACUGUGGAAUCAGCUUCUCAGGGGAUGGUACCGGAAGGCAGCGGCUCAAGACAUUGUGCAAGGACUGCAGAGCACAGAGAAUUGCUUUCAACCGGGAGCAGAGGAUGUUUAAGCGUGUGGGCUGUGGAGAGUGUGCAGCCUGUCGGGUAACCGAGGACUGCGGGGCCUGCUCCACCUGCCUUCUGCAGCUGCCCCAUGAUGUGGCCUCAGGGCUAUUCUGCAAGUGUGAGCGGAGACGGUGCCUCAGGAUUGUGGAAAAGAGCCGAGGGUGUGGAGUGUGCCGGGGCUGUCAGACCCGAGAGGACUGUGGCCGUUGCCGAGUCUGCCUUCGCCCUCCCCGCCCUGGUCUCAGGCGCCAGUGGAGGUGCAUCCAGCGGCGCUGCCUACGACAUCUUGCCCAUCGCCUGCGUCGCCACCAUCAGCGAUGUCAACGACGCCCUCCCCUAGCUGUGGCUCCCCCUGCUGGUAAGCGUAGCCGCCGCAGGGGAGGCUGUGACUCCAAGAUGGCUGCCCGUCGGCGUUCCAGAACCCAGCCACUACCUCCACUUCCCCCACCUCAGCCUCCAGAGUCCCCAGAGCUGCACCCCAGAGCCCUGGGCCCCUCAUCACCUGCUGAGUUCAUCUAUUACUGUGUAGACGAGGACGAGCUACAACCUUACACAAACCGCCGGCAGAACCGAAAGUGCGGGGCCUGUGCAGCCUGCCUGCGGCGGAUGGACUGUGGCCACUGUGACUUCUGCUUCGACAAGCCCAAGUUCGGGGGCAGUAACCAGAAGCGCCAGAAGUGUCGUUGGCGCCAGUGCCUGCAGUUUGCCAUGAAGCGCCUGCUGCCAAGUGUCUGGGCAGGGUCUGAGGAUGGGGCAGCGUCACCCCCACCUAUCCCUCGUCGAAAGAGGCCAGGAUCUACUCGACGGCCCCGUGUAGGCCACACCUUGAAGACCCCCUCGGGCACGCCCACAGUCCGAACCAGCCAAGCCCAGACUCCAGUGAAGCAGGAAGCAGGCAAUGGCUUUGUGCUGCCCCCGCCUGGCACUGACCUGGUGUUCUUACGGGAGGGUGCAAGCAGUCCUGUGCAGGUACCUGGCCCUGCCCCAGCCUCCACAGAACCCCUGUUGCAGGGGGCCCAGUGCCCUGGCCUGAGUUGGGUUGUGGUCUUACCCCAGGUGAAGCAAGAGAAGGUGGAUGCUCAGGAAGACUGGACACCAGGCAGAGCCAUCCUGACUUCUCCCGUAUUGCUGCGUGGCUGCCCCAGCAAGGCAGUAGACUCGGGCCUGCCACUUGUGAAGCAAGAGCCCCCUGACUCUGAGGAGGAAAAAGAGAAGAGCAAGGAUGACUCAGCCUCUGAUUCGGCCCCAGAGGAGGAGGCAGGAGGGGCUGGCACGCCAGUGAUCACGGAGAUUUUCAGCCUGGGUGGAACCCGUCUUCGGGACACAGCAGUCUGGUUGCCAAGGUCCAAGGACCUUAAAAAACCUGCAACUAGAAAGCAGUAGACUGGAGGCUUCUGCAGACUGUAGGAUUCAAGGUGAAAUUUACAGACCGGCUUUAUGAGAGACAACACUGACCUACUCAGAGGCUGGACCGUAAAGCGAUUGCCAGGGCUUGUGUAGGAAUCAGUGGGAACUGGAAACACCACCAAACCAGAGGAGCAGGCCUGUUCAGUCCUUUGAGCUUAUAGAGGAAGGAAGGAAGAAAGGAAGAGAAAGUAGAAAGUUGGUGCAUCUGCUCCAAAUGGUGCAAAUCCCAGAAGCCUGAACAUGACAAGAAGUUUGACUCUUAGGGGUGGAGGAGCUGGGAUUGGGGCUGGGGGUAGAAUGAGAGCCACCGUAAACAAGCUAAACAAGCCAUCCUCAUAAACAUGAAAUGGCUUCUGGGUGAGACCUGGCAGUGUCUCUAAACAUUUCCUCAGGGAGACAGCAACUGAAAAUGUAAUGUGAAUAAAUAAGGAAAGGAACUGUAAUCUGGUGAGUUCUUCCUUAGGGACCCAGUUUAUUUCUCAGAAUGGUCUUUUCAGGAAGACUGAUUUUGCCCAUUUUUGCAGAUGGAAAGACAUACUCAGAAAUUAAAUAACUUGUCCAAUGUCAAACAGCUAGUAUUGAUAGAGUCUAGAAUUAAACCAUUAAUUAAUGUAAAAGCCUUGUUCUUUAAGCCACUAACCCAUAAACUGUAAUCCUGAGUUCAAUAAUGUGUAAUAAUAUAGUAACAGCAACUCCAAAAACAAGGUGGGUUCAUUUUAAGCAUUAUAACAAAUCCUUCACACUGCUGUUUCCAGCAGCUCCAAAAACAAGGUGGAUCAAUUUUCAGCAUUAUAACAAAUCCUUUACACCGCUGUCUCUAGCAUGGGCUAGGGCCGUGGUUGGCAAACUCUUUGGCCCCUUGAGUGUGGCUCUUCCACAAAAUACCACGGCCUGGGCGAGUCUAUUUUGUAGAAGUGGCGUUAGAAGAAAUUUAAGUUUAAAAAAUUUGGCUCUCAAAUUUCAAUCGUUGUACUGUUGAUAUUUGGCUGUGUUGACUAAGAAGUUUGCCGACCACUGGCCUAGGGAGUGCCAAGGCUGUGUGCUUGGGUCUCCUUGUUAGAGCACUUGUGCAUCCAGAGACUGGGUUCUUUCCAGGUCUCUGGUGUUGCAUAAGAUUCCUCAAACCCUAAAAGGUGUCCUUCCACACUGGCUGCUGUCCAUUUUGCGUUUUCCUCCUCCUCUUCAGCCAAAGCAGUCUUCGAAGUAGAGCUGUCAGCGUGGCUCAUCUUUCUUGACCACUUGUGUCCCCUGCCCCUUGACAUUUGUGCUUGGUUUCUGCUCUUAGCCCAUCUACAAGGAGUAUGAGUUUCUGCUUCAAGUCCUGUCGAAGGGCCAGUCUUGGCUCAGGCUGCCUCACUGUCCAAUAUUUUGCAUAGUGCUAAAAGUGAUUAGACAUGGGAUCAUCACUUAGCCAGCUUUACAAGGUCAGGACUGAGUGUGUGCCCCCUUAAAUUUUGUAGCUUUUGUGCAUCCCUUGCCUUACUCUAGUUCCAGCCCUGCAGCUUUGGGUGAUUCAGAUGUAGAUUAGCUAUUUCCCUACUGUAACUCACGAUACAGCCCUCUGCCACCCUCUUCUGCCCCUUUCUUUGCCUUGUCCCACCUACUUCAGCCAGAGUCGACUGGAUAAUUUUCUGCUAUUUGUUUUGCUCCUCCCAGGAUCCAACCACCCAUCCCUAGUAUUCUGGUAAUUUUGACAAUGAUGUCCUAUGUGAAAUGGAUUUGAUUGGUAUUCUGACUGAUGAA